AUGCGCGCGAAACUUUGUCCUCACUGGGCAAGCAUUUGGAUGAGCCUUGCUGUGACUACCAUGGCGGAUACUUAUGAUUACAUCAUCGUUGGCGGAGGCACCGCUGGACUGACGGUCGCAGCUCGCCUCAGCGAGAACCCUCAAGUGACGGUCCUCGUCUUGGAAGCUGGUGCGGAUCGCUCUACCGACCUCAACGUCUUGGCUCCCGGGCUAUUUCCCGCCAUGUACGGCAAUACCGACUACGACUGGGACUACAAAACAGUGCCCCAGACAUCGGCCAAUGACAAAGUCGUCGCCCAUAUCCGCGGAAAGCAACUGGGCGGCUCCAGCGCCAUGAACUUCAUGUUCUGGACGCACCCUUCCCAGCGAGAUAUAGACAACUGGGGCGCUCUGGGAAAUGACGGUUGGUCAUGGAAGGCAUUGGCCCCUUACUUUGAAAAGUCAGAAUCGUUUGUUGCACCAUCGAGCCAGCAGACAAGCGAUCUCUUGCUUGACUACGUUUACCCUAGCGUCCAUGGCACCACUGGACCCAUAGCCAAUGAGUUCCCUCAACUUUACAGCCCCUUUCUCAAAGCCUGGCCGCGAACUCUUGAGAAGCUUGGGCUCGGUGUCGACGGCGAUCCUCGUAAUGGUGCGGCUUUGGGAGGCUACGUCAACUUGCUCAACAUCGACAAGGGCACGAGAAGCUACGCUGCGAAUGCUUAUCUUGGUCCGGCACGUCAACGGGCCAAUUUGAAGGUGGUUACGGGUGCUUUGGUGACCAAGAUUGUACUGGAUAAGACUCGUGAUGGAUCCUUGGUCAAAGGGGUCAAGUGGUCACAGAAUGGAUUGGAGAAAGAAGCGACCGUGAAGAAGGAGGUGGUCCUCGCCGCUGGUUCAAUUGCCUCCCCCCAGCUUCUCGAGGUCUCUGGUUUGGGAGACAAGAAACUCCUGGGAAGCCACGGGAUAGAGGUAUUCGUUGACAACCCUAACAUCGGCGAGAAUUUACAGGAUCACGUCUAUGUUCCUCUUGGAUUUGCGGUGAAGCCCAACCUACCUACAAACGAAGACUACGCCAACGCAACCUACUUCCAAGAACAGCUCGACCUGUACCUUCAAAACAAGACCGGGCGUCUGUCCUCUGCCGGUGCCAGCUCUGCACUCUUAUCCUUAAAGCAGAUCGCCUCUAUCCUGGACUUGUCUCUACCCUCGCCGAAGACCAACCUCCUCGGCCUGGCCGAACAAUACGCCAUCACCUUCCGAGACCUCAAAUCUGAAGCAAUCGCCCAGGAGCUCACAAUUGAAGGCGGCAUUUCGCCCCAGUACUCCGCUGAUACGACCAAGCUCUUCUCGGCGGGGUUACCAGGCAACUUCCUCUCCAUCCUUGGCGUCCUGGAGCACCCCUUUUCGAGAGGCUCGAUCCACAUCCAGUCCGCCGACCCAGCCGUUCACCCCAUCAUCGAUCCACGCUACCUCUCCCAUCCGCUCGAUACACAGCUCUUGAAAUCCAUUGCACUUCAUCUACAGACUAUCGCACGUACACAGCCGUUGAGCGACCUGCUUCAGGGUGAUGGGACAGUUUUUCAGCCCGGGUACCAUGAACUAACAAUAGAUAACGUAGAGGAAUGGAUCAGGAGCAGUAUGCAGAGUGAGUACCACCCCUGCGGUACCUGCGCCAUGCUGCCUAGGUCAAAAGGUGGUGUGGUCGACGAGAGGUUCAGGGUAUACGGGGUCAAGGGGCUGCGGGUGGUUGACGCCAGUAUCUUCCCCUUGAUUCCGAGGGCCAACAUCCAGUCUCUGGUUUAUGCGGUGGCGGAGCGGGCAGCUGAUUUCAUCAAAGAUGAUGCCCUCUGA